GCACUUCUUGAGGUGGUCAACGACCUGUUUGAGGAGCAGACUGACCUGGAGAAGAUCGUGAGGAAGAUCAUGAACCGGGCCCAGACCCUCCUGAAGUGUGAGCGCUGCUCCGUGCAGCUGCUGGAGGACAUCGAGUCACCGGUGGUGAAGUUCACCAAAUCCUUUGAGCUGCUGUCUCCCAAGUGCAGCGCGGACAGGGAGAGCAGUUUCAAAGACAGCAUGGAGAAGUCCUCGUAUUCCGAUUGGCUGAUCAACAACAGCAUCGCCGAGCUGGUGGCGUCCACGGGUCUGCCAGUGAACAUCAGCGACGCGUACCAAGACCCGCGCUUCGACGCUGAGGCAGACCAGUUUUCAGGCUUCCACAUCCGCUCUGUGCUGUGUGUUCCUAUCUGGAACAGCAACCAUCAGAUCAUCGGAGUCGCCCAGGUCCUGAACAGGCUGGAUGGGAAACCCUUUGAUGACGCCGACCAGAGGCUCUUUGAGGCGUUCGUGAUCUUCUGCGGUCUGGGCAUCAACAACACCAUCAUGUACGACCAGGUGAAGAAGUCCUGGGCCAAGCAGUCUGUGGCCCUGGAUGUGCUGUCAUACCACGCAACAUGUUCCAAGACCGAGGUUGAUAAGUUCAAGGCUGCCAACAUCCCCCUGGUGUGUGAGCUGGGCAUUGAGCAGCUGUCGUUUGACGACUUCUCCCUGGACGUGGACGUCAUGAUCAGGGCAGCCCUGAGGAUGUUCAUGGAGCUGGGCAUGGUGCAGAAGUUCAAGAUCGACUACGAGACGCUCUGCAGGUGGCUGUUGACCGUGAGGAAGAACUACCGCAUGGUGCUCUACCACAACUGGAGGCAUGCCUUCAACGUCUGCCAGUGCAUGUUCGCCAUGCUGACCACGGCGGGCUUCCAGGAGACCCUGACGGAGGUGGAGAUCCUGGCCCUCAUCGUGGGAUGUGUCUGUCACGACCUCGACCACCGAGGAACUAACAACGCCUUCCAGGCCAAGACUGGAUCAGCUCUAUCUCUGCUCUACGGGACGUCUGCUACGCUGGAACACCACCACUUCAACCACGCUGUCAUGAUCCUGCAGAGUGAGGGACAUAACAUAUUCUCCAACCUGUCCUCCAGAGAUUAUGGAGACCUCAUGCAGCUGCUGAAACAGUCCAUCCUAGCCACAGAUCUCACUCUGUACUUUGAGAACAGGAACACAUUCUUUGAGUUGGUCAGCAAAGGAGAGUACAACUGGAAUGUCAAGACCCACAGAGACAUGUGCAGGUCCAUGUUGAUGACGGCGUGUGACCUCGGGGCUGUCACCAAGCCCUGGGACAUAUCCCGCAAGGUCGCAGAGCUGGUGACCAGCGAGUUCUUCGAGCAAGGGGACCGGGAGAGAUCGGAGCUGAAGCUCACCCCGUCUGCCAUCUUCGAUCGGAACCGGAAAGACGAGUUGCCGGGUCUUCAGUUGGAAUGGAUCGAUGGGAUCUGUGCUCCGCUGUAUAAGACUCUGGUGAAACUGAACCCAAAGCUCCAGCCAAUGGUGGACAUGAUCCAAGCCAACAGAGCCAGAUGGGAGGAGCUCAACAACGAGAGGCAGAGCGGCCAGAGCCCCUCCAGCCCCACAAGCCAUUGCGGCAGCGACGCCACGGGAACCAGCGGCUGCCCCGCGGCCCCCCACGGCUGCCCCCCCAGCCACGCGGGGACGGACGGCGACCCCCCCAAACCUGCCAGCUAGUCACCGCCCCCCCACCGGCCUCGCAGCUUCAGUGCUCUUCCACUCCACCUGCAGGCUAGGCAGUGCAGUGCAGCAGUGCAUCUUGGGCUCUGCGCCUUGCUUUGGGUCCUCUGGAGCAUGGGCUUGUGUAGACUUCAGACCCCCUGGGGGGGUCCCCUCCUG